CAGGGGGAACCUGCUUCCCUCUGCUCGCCUCUGGAUAACCACACGACCUGCAGCAGCCAAUCAGAUCCCUCUUGCAUAUAUUGACAUGGUAACAGAGGUCAGAGGGUUCACUGACCCACAGAUGGAGGAGUACUUCCUGAAGAGAUUCAGCAAUGAGAUGAAGGCCAGCAGGGUCAUCGCCCACAUAAAGACAUCACGAAGCCUCCACAUCAUGUGUUGCAUCCCAGUCUUCUGCUGGAUCACUGCUACAGUUCUGGAGGAUGUGCUGGAAACCAGAGAGGGUGGAAAGUUUACCCUGACCUUGACUGACAUGUACAUCCACUUCCUGGCGGUUCAGGCCAAAGUGAAGAAGGUCAAGUAUGAUGGAGGCGCUGAGACAGAUCCACACUGGAGUCCUGAGAGCAGGAAGAUGAUGGAGUCACUGGGAAAACUGGCUUUUGAUCAGCUGCAGAAAGGAAACCUGAACUUCUAUGAAUCAGACCUGACAGAGUGUGGCAUCGAUAUCAGAGCAGCCUCAGUUUACUCAGGAGUGUUCACACAGAUCUUUAAAGAGGAGAGAGGACUGUACCAGGACAAGGUGUUCUGCUUCAUCCAUCUGAGUGUUCAGGAGUUUCUGGCUGCUCUUCAUGUGCAUCUGACCUUCAUCAACUUUGGACUCAAUCUGCUGCAAGAGGAACAACAAACAACUUUUCAGAUACCUGAAACAAGAGACUCUGCAGUGAAACAUUUCUACCAGAGUGCUGUGGACAAGGCCUUACGGAGUCUAAAUGGACACCUAGACUUGUUCCUCCGCUUCCUCCUGGGUCUUUCACUGCAGACGAAUCAGACUCUCCUACAAGGCCUGCUGACACAGAAAGGAAGUAGCUCACAGACCAAUCAGGAAACAGUCCAGUACAUCAAGAAUAAGCUCAGUGAGAAUCUGACCGCAGAGAAAAGCAUCAAUCUGUUCCACUGCCUGAAUGAACUGGAUGAUCGUUCUCUAGAGGCUCUUCUGAGGCUGCUGCCCGUGGUCCAAGCCUCCAACAAAGCUCUAUUGAGUGGCUGUAACCUUUCCGAGAGAAGCUGUGAAGCUCUGUCCUCAGUUCUCAGAUCCCAGUCCUCUAAUGUGAGAGAGCUGAACCUGAACAAUAAUAACCUGCAAGAUUCAGGAGUGAAGUUUCUGUCUCUUGGAGUGGAGAUUCCACAUUGUAAACUGGAAUCUCUCAGACUUAGAGGUUGUAACCUUUCAGAAAGAAGUUGUGAAGCUUUGUCCCCAGUUCUCAAAACCGACUGCUAUAGUCUCAAAGAACUGGACCUGAGUGACAACAAUCUGCAGGACACAGGUGUGAAGCUUCUGUCGCUUGCAGCAAAGAGUCCACACUGUAAACUACGGACUCUAAGAGUGAGUCAUGGUAAUCUCACAGAGAGAAGUUGUGAAGCUCUGUCCUCGGUUCUCAACUGCCAGUCCUCUAGUCUGAUGGUGUUGGACCUGAGUAACAACAACCUGCAGGAUUCAGGCAUAAAGCUUCUGUCUGCUGGACUGAAGAGUCCACACUGUAAACUAGAAGUUCUUGUACUGAGUGACUGUGACCUCUCAGAAAGAAGUUGUGAAGAUCUGUCCACACUUUUCAGUUUGAACUCAUCUAGUCUGACUGAGCUGGACAUGAGUAGCAAUAACUUUCAGGAUACAGGAGUGAAGCAUCUCUGUAGUGCACUGCACAGUCCACACUGUACACUCAAAAGUCUCAGAUUAAGGAGCUGUAAUCUCUCAGAGAGAAGCUGUGAAGAUUUGUCCUCAGUUUUUAGCUCCCGGUCCUCUAGUCUGAGAGAGGUAGACCUGAGUAACAACAACCUACAGGAUUCAGGAGUGAAGCUUCUUUCUGUUGGCGUGAAGAGUUCAACUGAGAUGAAAACUCUCAGACUGAGUGGCUGUAAACUCUCUGAGAAAAGCUGUGAAGCUCUGUCCUCAGUUCUCACCUCCCAGCCCUCUAGUCUGAGAGAGCUGGACCUAAGUGACAAUGACCUGGGGGAUUCAGGAGUUAAGCUGCUGUCUUCCGGAGUGGAGAGUACACUCUGUAAACUGGAAAUUCUCACACUGUCAGGAUGUCUGAUCACAGAUCAGGGCUGUGAUUCUCUGGCUUCAGCUCUGGAGUCCAACCCCUCCUAUCUUAGAGAGCUGGACGUGAGCUACAAUCAUCCAGGAGACUCAGGAAUGAAGCUGCUCUUGGCUGGACUGAAGGAUCGAGGCUGGAAACUGGACACUCUCAGGUAUGGAGAGAAUGUCCAAUGGUUGAGACCAGGUCUGAGGAAGUAUUCCUGUCAACUCACAAUCGACACAAACACAGUGAACAGAGAACUCAAACUGUCUGACCACAACAGGAAGGUGACACGUGCGGAGGAGUAUCAGUCAUAUCCUGAUCAUCCAGACAGAUUUGAUUGGUAUCAGCUGCUGUGCAGAGAUGGUCUGACUGAUCGCUGUUACUGGGAGGUCGAGUGGAGAGGAAAUGUUGAUAUAUCAGUGAGUUACAGAAGAAUCAGAAGGAAAGGAGAGCUACUAGAUAUUAAUUACUGUUUGUUUGGGUGUAAUGAUCAGUCCUGGAGUCUGGAAUGCUCUGCUGGUGGUCCUCAUUGUGUCUGGCACAAUAACAAGCAAAUUCUUAUUCCCAUCUCCUCCUCCUCCUCCUCCUCUGUCUCUAACAGAGUAGCAGUGUAUGUGGACUGUCCUGCUGGCACUCUGUCCUUCUACAGAGUCUCCUCUGACACUCUGAUCCACCUCCACACCUUCAACACCACAUUCACUGAACCUCUUUAUCCUGGGUUUCGAUUAGGGUACAGCUACACUGGUUACCUCUUUUCUGGUUCCUCAGUGUCCCUGUGCUGAGUGGAGUGUAAAGAGUGUCCUCCUGUUAGAGAAACACUCUGACUGUUGAACAGAUAGUUCAGUCUGUUCAUGUCUGUCUCUUACGCUCAGAAACACGUUUUCAGAUUCAUGAAUUCAAUCAGUUGAUGUUUUAAACUGUUCUGAAUGAUUCCUUGUAAACUUCUUGCUCUUCAGUCUUUUAAAGAUGGAAGCUCCCAUUAUUCCAGGAUCCACAUGUUGUUUUCUGUCUUUUUCCACUCAAAGCUGAAUAUCAGUAUGUUGUGUUUCACUAAAGCUCAGUUCACAACCCUGCAUUUUCAACAAGUCUAAGCUCACUAUCAUGUAAUGAUUUUUCUUGAUUAUACUAGGUAUGGGUUAAUUUGCUUUAAGACAUGCUGCUUUACUCAAUUUAUACACAUGUCAACGUUUUAACUGAAAGUAGGUCUGAGAGGGUUGAUUUUCUGCAUGUCAAAGUUGCCCAUCAGUGUUGGUCAAGUUACUUGAAAAAUGUAAUUAGUUACUAAUUACUUGUCCAAGAAAGAGAAACAGUCUGACUGUUGAACUGACUGUUGACUGUUAAUCACAGAAGAAAUUUUCUUAACAUUUAAAUCUAUUUUCUGCAUAUUCCAGCAUAUAAAAUAAAAUAAUGUUUUGUUUUUACACUCACUGUUUCAAAUAGAUGUAAGUAAAACACAGCAAAAAAUAAAUAAAAUCAAAGAUUCGGCGGCACUAAGUCCUGUUGCUCUUAAAUCUAUUUUCACAUGGUGGAGGUUUGCCCGGUGCUGCAGCGGUCAUUUCAGUGGGGGGAUCCAGGGGUUUCUCUGUGAAUAUUCCUGUAGCAGCGUGCUAGCGUGCUUGCUCAGAUUUGAAGUUUAAUUUUUUGCUGUAGAAAGAACAGUGUACAGCAGAUGCUAAUGUGGAAGCCACCCGUAGGUAAUUGUGUUAUGAGACUUUGAGAUAUUUGUAGGCAUGUGAAAGCCGAAGGUGUGGUUUAGAAAUAAAAAUAAAAGACCAACAACAUCUGGAGGACGUCUGUCAGGUGUGCACCUGUAAAGAGUCGAUUCACUCUAAUCAGCCGAAGGUGGACUCUUGGUUGUUUGUUAGUCCCAAACGCUGCUGCAAGGCUCUUAACUAAGACAAGAAAAAGAGAGCACAUUACACCAGUGUUCAUUACACUGGCUUCCAGUACAUUUUAGAAUUCAUUUUAAAAUCUUGGUACUGACUUUUAAAGCUUUGAAUUGUGAUGCCACUGCCUACAUUUCUGAUCUUUUAGAACCCCACGCUCCCUCUUGCAGCCUGAGAUCAUCUAAUCAAAGGCUGUUGGUAAUCCCAUGAACUCGUUUUAAGACCAGAGGACAUAGAUCUUUUAGAGCGGUGGCCCCCAGGUUGUGGAAUGCUCUCCCUCCAUCAUUACGUUGCCUGGAUUGUAUUUAUUCUUUUAAAAAGCAGCUUAAGACUCAUUUAUUUAGA